GAUACUCGGGAGCAUGCAGGUUUUCGCAGGUUUUUUUAAGGGGACCCUGAAAGUGAAGUUUUCCCUUAGUUUUACUCUCGAAGACUGAGUGGAAAAGAAAAGGCGCAGGCAACUUCGUUUCCGGAGGACAAGGAUUGCGAAGAGCAACCAGGAAGCGGCUGGGCUGGGAGUUGUCCCGGGUUCCCGCUGUGCUUAAGGUUUCUUCUCUGGGUCCCUGCGCCGAGGUCCGGCGCCCUUCGCGAGUCCUGCUCUGAGCUCCAUCCCGGCUCCAGCCGACCAUUCCCGAGCUGCCAUGUCUUCCGACUUCGAAGGCUACGAGCAGGACUUCGCAGUGCUCACCGCUGAGAUCACCAGCAAGAUUUCCAGGGUCCCUCGGCUCCCUCCGGAUGAGAAGAAGCAAAUGGUUGCCAACGUGGAGAAACAGCUUGAAGAGGCCAGAGAACUGCUUGAACAGAUGGAUUUGGAAGUUCGAGAAAUCCCGCCCCAAAGUCGAGGAAUGUACAGCAACAGAAUGAGAAGCUACAAGCAAGAAAUGGGAAAACUAGAAACAGACUUUAAAAGGUCACGGAUCGCCUACAGUGACGAAGUACGGAAUGAGCUCCUAGGGGAUGAUGGGAAUUCCUCCGAGAACCAGUUGAUAAAAUUACGUGAAGAGAGGGCACAUCUGCUGGAUAACACGGAGAGGCUGGAAAGGUCAUCGCGGAGACUAGAGGCUGGAUACCAGAUAGCAGUGGAGACCGAGCAAAUCGGCCAGGAGAUGUUGGAAAACCUUAGUCAUGACAGAGAAAAGAUACAGCGAGCACGUGAACGACUUCGGGAAACAGAUGCAAACUUGGGGAAAAGCUCCAGGAUUCUGACAGGGAUGUUGCGAAGAAUCAUCCAAAACCGCAUCCUGCUCGUUAUCCUGGGGAUCAUCGUGGUCAUCACCAUCCUGACGGCCAUCACGUUUUUUGUCAAAGGACACUGAUGCAUCUGCUCUCCCGUGAUAAACAGUGAUCUUGGCUUUGUCCUGAGUAAUUAAGACAAAAUGGUCACAUGAAUCAUUCUUUGCAUUGACAGGUCCCAGGUGGCCCUCUGUCUCUUCCUUACCACUGUUCAGCUAGAGUGCAGAGAGUGUACAGACAUCUCUGAUUCCUGUCUGCAUGUGAGUUGGUUUCCUUUCUGAGGUUAGUCUUUGUCCAGAUUUGUUGUUUUCUAAAGGUAAAGGUGAAUGCUUACUUGCCUUUAGGUAACGUCAUCUGCUGUCCAAAAUAGCUUUGAUAACAUUCUUCCUUGUCUUGUGGGCAUGCCUGGGGCCACAGUCUGAGAGAGGGCAUAGCAAAUCGGUCAUGGGAGCUUCUGUGUAUCACGCCCCUCUCUUUACCAAAUAGUCUUUCUGUGAUGUCCAUGGAUAAGAUGCCAGCAAAGUCAGAGGCCAGAGCCAGUGUGCAGCUCCAGCAGGCCAGCCCCACCCUUCCCAGCCUAGAGAAUGCUGCCAUCCUGCCUAUGCAACUUUAGGCACAGGAGUGGAUUCACUGUCCCUAUACGGGGAGCAGGCUUAGCAUUCUCCCUGGUUUUUUUAUUUCAUAUAUAUGUAUGUGUGUGUAUAUUUUGCCCAGGAAUUUUUUUUGUUGAAGCUGCUCAAUGUCCACUUGUCCCAGCUUUGGUUACUGGCUACAAGAAAUAUUUCCUCAACUUCCCCAAAUGCCGUGCACCCUGGAAUUUGCUGGUAGCAUGAGAACUGGCACAGUAUUUAAUUGUGACCUCAUCUUCCCUGACCUGUGUAAGCACUUCUGUAUCUUCUCCAUUUUAGUAUGAGCUCAGUCAGCAGCAGCCCUCAUAUAUGCAAAGGGUCUGGGGCUCCCUCCAUAUCCUGCCUGUGGAAAAGCAGCAUGAGCACUUUAGAGGAUAGCAGGACUGCUCUGCUGCUGUGAAGUGUGCAAUGUGGUGAUAAAAACGGGAGAGUCCUAUAGGUCAGUCCACUAGGGGGAAAACAAAACGAAACAAAAGAUGGCGGGAAGUGCCCACUAACCCCCUUUCUGAGAAUGAGAGAUUGCAGCGUGCUACAAAAGAGCCACGCGCGUUUUUACUAAAACUAUUAGCACUGCCUCGGCUCUCCAUGCAUUCAAACUCUGUCACACCUUGUGAUUUUCUUCCCUUUCCUUCUGUCUGAGGUGACUAGGAAUUAUGUUCAAAAUGAGUUCAUUUGUGAUCGGGCUUAAAAGUUUCCCAAGCUGAGGUCAUUUCCUCUCUAGUCAUGUUACAAAUGUGUUUUUCUUAAGACUUCAUAGUCACUUAUAUGUCUGUACUAUCUUUCUAAAUAUAAUUGGAAGCAUUGAA